AUGGCGGCCAUGGGCGACGACCUGCGGCUGGACCUCGACAAGCUCCCCAUCAAGCGCCUCGAGGCCAUCGACGAGGCCGGCAACGAGCACUACCCGCCGGACGGCAGCAGCGAGGAGCAGAGGCUGGCGGCGCGCGUCGACUUCUCCUGGGUCGUCGAGCGGGACGCCAAGAAGGCCAAGAAGGCGGCGGCCGAGGACGUCGCCCACAAGGCCUGGCCAUGGCAGGGCCUCCACGAGAGCCUGCAGCUGGCGCAGCAGGAGCUCACCGUCGUCCUCGAUCUCAUCUCCACGGUCGAGGCGAACGAUACUGUGGCCUUCGCGGCCAUCUCCAAACCCAAGCCGCUAGUGGACGAAGUCCUCGUCGACAUGGCCCUCUCCGCCGCCACCAAGCUCCAGCGCCUUCGGCAUCUGGGACGGUACUUCAAGCAAUCGGCCAAAACGAUGGAGCAGCAGUUCCAGAAGGAGGCUAAGUUCUACGGCUCAUUGAUCAGGUUGCAACAGAACUGGAAAGUUAAGAGGCAGCGUGGGAAUGCUCCAGGAAGUAACAGCUUCAUGUUUGAUGUAGUUGACACUUCUCAGUUGGACACAGAAGUGAUGCCCCGAUUGUCAUCAUUGUCUUUCGUUCCAAUCGAUCAGGACUCAUCGGGUACUUUGUCUGUACAAGUCCCACAAAAGUCGUGCCGUUUCUUGAGCCUUCAGUUUCGUGGGGACAGUGCCAGCGGUGUGGAAAGCUACACUUGCAAAACGAAAGGUGUCUCAAGCACCACUUCUUCUGCAGCGGAAGAUGAUGCCUCAGAGAAUGAUGAUGUCAAUAAGUCUGUCAAACAAGCGCAUUCCAUUCUUCGCAAUAUCCACAAGUCAAUAUUUGAGGAGCAGGUAUUUGAUAUGAUGAUCCGUGAGACAUUUGUCCAAACUCAAGGCGUCAACGUAACUGGAAUGCGCGAGGAUUUUCUCCAAUUAGCCAUUGGCCAGGAAAACUUGUUGUGCCUUUCGCUUGCGAAUUCUGGACAGGACAGUGACUCGGAAAUGGCAGGCCAUGAAGAGCACACUAAUUCAGAGGCGAAUCUUGUGUUAGCCACCACCAAUGGGAAGCAGGAGCCUUUAAAAAGCAACCCCUCAGGGUUUCUUAACCCGAAAAGUCUGGAGAUUUACCUGCUACAUAUGUUCCAUGACAACAUUCUUAAGAAAGUCAGGGAGAAAUAUCGUAAUAUUGUUCGCUACCAGAGUCCUGCUCACACUGCAGAGCCUGCAGGUGACGAGUGUGGCUCGCUAGGCCAUUUCUGCAUGACAGUUGCUCAUAAAAUAUUUUCAAAUAAAGUGCAGCUGGAGCUGGAGUGUGUGGUUAGCAGGGUUCCGUAUCUCCAUCUGCAGUCCCUUCCUACAUGGCAUUCCCGAACUUCUUCCUGGUCUAUCUGCCUAAGCGUCCCGCAGCCUAUUUUGGCUGCUGACCGGCUCAUGAAGCCUUCGGACAAUGGUGAGCCUGAAUACAAAUCUUCCAGGACACAGUUCAACAUGAAGAUUGUCUUGAAGGAUGGCCAGAUAAGUUUGUUGGGCGAAGGUUCUCCGAGCAUUGCUGGAUCAUUGACCAGGAAGCCCUCGGAUGGGUAUCUGAUAAACAGUUACAGCUGUGACUUGGAGGACCUCCCAACGAUGGUUCUGCAGCAGGUGGCGAGCCAGGUGAUAAACUGGCUCCACGAGGAGGCGCAGGUCCUGGGGGUGAGUGUGACGAGGGACUUUUUAGGCCUCUACUUUGACCUGGACCACGGCGACACGACGCUGGGCCUGGUGGCGCAAGUCGACCCGGACGAUGCUUAUGGGUGCGUGUCGUGGUACCUGACAGUGGACCACCCGGCGGAGGAGGACGGGAAGGUGCCAGCGGUGGACGACCCCUGGGCGGAGAAGUGCAGGUUCCUGGGGUACCUGUCCCUGGAGGUGCUCCACGCCACCCUCAUGGACCUCAUCAACCUGUGUGAUAACCGGCGCCCACCCGCUGAGAUGAUGGUAGAAGUGUGCAGCAGUGCUGGAUUCGUUUCUUACUGUGCGCAUUGA